UAUGUUAUGUUCCUUAUCGUUUAUAAAUAAGAGCCGAUGGCCAUUUUGGUUGGGGUAACCAUUUCCAUGUUUUUCCUUGCUCGGUACCUACACACUUUAUGAGUAUGGUGGCUUAGUUUAGAUUCACACACACCCGCAAAGUUUUCACUAUAAAAAUAUCAGGGUUAACUAUAAAAAAAAAUUACGGAAAAUUGUAUUCUACACACUUCUGCACAAGAUGUUAAAUUUAUAUUUAUAAUAUUUUCUUUGCUUCAAUGAGAAAACCUCAUCAGGUUAUAUUUACAAAAUGACUGAAGAUUUGAAGAUAUUAAAACAAGGAGCUGAAGCAAAAUUGUACAUUUGCAAUUAUCUUGGAAGACCUACAUUGAUCAAGGAAAGGUUCGUUAAAAAUUACAGACAUCUUGAUUUAGAUACAAAUAUAACAAAAGAGAGAAUUAAAAAUGAAGCACGUUCCAUUGUACGCUGUAAAACAGCCGGAAUUCGUACACCGGCUUUAUAUUUAGUUGAUUUUGAGCGUCGUCGAAUUUACAUGGAACAUUUCGAACGGAACGUAACUGUCAAAGAUUUUAUCAUAAAUUUGACGAAAACUGGCAGUGAAAAUGAAACAAACAGCCUGAACAUACUAGCCAAAAUGAUUGGCGAAACUGUUCGAACAUUACACGACACCAACAUUAUACACGGAGACUUGACAACUUCUAAUAUAUUGUUGAUACCGAAAAAUGACAAUGAUAAUUGGAUUCAAUGCUGUGAAUUUCAUUUGGUCAUGAUUGAUUUUGGUUUAUCAUAUGUUGACUCUAGUGCCGAAGACAAAGGCGUUGACCUAUAUGUCCUAGAAAGGGCAUUAAUAAGUACCCACAAUGACUAUCCAGAGUUAUUCAAUAAAAUGUAUGAUGCAUACAAAAGUUCUAGUAAGAGCAAUAUAAAAGAAAUCAUCAGUAAAUAUGAAGAAGUCAGAGCUAGAGGGAGAAAGAGAACUAUGGUUGGUUGAGUUGUUAUUAAAACAUUUUACCACUUA